CGUCCAUUCGCUACCCAUUCACUCGCCUGCAUUGUAAGAAAUCCAUCCACGAAUAUAAAAUGUAGGCAACGAUACUCGUUCGCCUCUCUGUCACCCUCCCUCAUACUUAAGUCCUGUACUCUCCUCUGCAAUGACUGCCUCCCACCUCUGUUCCCGACCUCCCGCUGCUCGACCUCCUCUUUAGUGACCCACGGCAGAAAACACAGCUGUCACGGCAGAAAACACAGCUGUCGGUCGGGACGUUCCCUACGCACUACGCACUACGCAGCCACACACGUGAACCCCCCCCUGCCCGCCAUCUACUGGCGGGCGCAGGAGAAGAGGCGCCCCCACCACCCCGCGUACCCCCCCUGCCGCGCAAACUCAACGGAUUCGCGCUUGGGGAGGGGCACCCAAUGGGGCUGGUGGUGGUGGGGAGGUGGCAUGAGUGGGGGCGGCAUCAGUGGGGGUGGCAUGUAGGGGGCGAAGAUGUACGGCGGCGGGGGCGGCGGGAAGAAGACCAUCGGCAGGGCCUGGAAGUGCACGUGUGGGUGUGGUGCUGCUGGGGUGCCGCGACGGCUGGGGGCAUGGCGGCCAUGGUGGGCGCAGGUUGUGGUGCCAACUGUGGCGGUGCCUGACAAACCACACGCGUACACACGUACACACACAUGACUGUCACCUGGACACUUUAUGAGAGUUCUCGCUCGUCAGUCAGUGUCGUGUUGUGUUGUGUGUCAUGCCCACCUGCUGGUUUGCCACCGCCGCCGCUGGCCCCUGGGCCGCCUCCCACGCAGUCAGGUCGGCACGCACCAGCUCGGCCACCUGUCUGGCCUGCUGUGUGGCCUCCCUCGCCGCGGCGGUCGCUGCCAGUGCCCCCAUCUUCCUCCUGCCGCUGGCCUGCUGCCCACCAUCGCUGCUGUUGCUGCUGUCGCUGCUGUCGCUGCUGUCGCUGCUGUCGCUGGAUGAGCUGCUGCUGAAUGGUGUCUUGGGCGCGACGUGCUUCCCUCGUCACCCUCACCCCCAGUUACACAACCCCCAUCAGCAGCAGCGGCCUUGGGCUCCGACCUCGGUGGCGCAGAAAGGGUGGGCGUGGGUGUGGGUGGGGGCAUGUUGGGUGUGAUAUAAAAUGUCGGCGGUGAUGGAUCGCCGGCACACCUGAAGUCACAUCGAGACACAAUGACAAACAAAAGAUAUUGCUGUGUCUCGGUCUCUCCCCGCCCUGAGCCUCGCACCUUCCCGCGCCAGGAAUGAGGCUGCUGGCUGUCGAGGACCUCGACCUCCCUUGGGCGCCUCUUGGCUGCGGCUGCAGGCGGCGGGGCGACGGUCUCGUCCGGCAGGGCGAAGCCGGCAAUCUGAUGGAUGGAUGGAUGGGCCACACCCAUAACAUGACACGGAGGGAGGAGUUCACACACGUAUGAUGUGGGGGGUGUAUUGGUUGUGUUAAUUGACGGAUGCGAUGCAGACAGACCUGGAUGACGUUCUUGAGCGUGGUCUUCUCCCUCUUCUCAACAUUGCCGCCGCUCUUGACUCUGCACACACACACAGACAGACAGACAGACAGACAGUGACGCCCCCUUAUCACCCCACACGUCUGCAUAUGUGUCUUACGGGCGCGUGUUGGGCUGCUUACAUGUUGAUGAGUGUGUUGAUUUGGGUCUGGAUGCGCCGGUAGUCGCGCGACGGCAGCUCUCCGAAGGGCAGCGACGUCACCAUGUCGACCAACUGGCGGAACCUGAACUGGAAACUCUGCCGCCUGCCGUCUGCACGCACACCACACACACACACACACACAUGAUGGAUGGAUGGAUGGAUGAAUCGAUGGGUGUGUCAGACGUCCGUCGCCACUCACCAGGCAUCUGGUUGGUCUGCUCAGUCAGCCACUUGUCCACAGCGGCCUGUCGGGUGUGGAUCAACUCCUCGCAGACCUCCUCCCACACGGGGAUGUCUUGCGUGUGCCAGUGGUGGUCCAGCACGUCGGUGACCUCCUCGGCCUUGGCGUACCACUCGGCGGCCAGCUUGGCGCGCAUCCUCUGACAGAGAAUGGAACAGCCGGGAAAGAGACAUCAGCGAAUGCUCAUGAGCCUCUUCCUUUAUCCUUCACUCACUGAC